UCCGCGCCGCCCAACAUGCUCGCCGGGGCGCCGGCCGCGCGCGGGCUCCUGCGGCUGCUGCUGCCGCUGCUGCCGCUGCCUCAGGUGACGCCCGGUUCCGCGGCCGGCGGCUGUGAGCCCUCCGACCAGUGCCCGCCGCCCGCCCGCUGGAGCAGCCUGUGGCACGUGGGGCUCGUCCUGCUCGCCAUCCUACUGCUGCUGCUGUGCGGGGUCACGGCCAGCUGCGUGCGCUUCUGCUGCCUCCGCAAGCGGGCCCGCCCCCGGCCCCUGCCCCCGGCGCCUCCGGCCUGCGACCUGGCCCUCUUCCCCGGGGACGGCGACAGCCCGGCGCACAGCACCGUGACCUCCUACAGCUCCGUGCAGCACCCGCUGGGCAUGCGGCUGCCCCUGCCCUUCCCGGAGCUGGACCUGGACGCCAUGACCCCGCCCGCCUACAGCCCCGUCUACACCCUGGAGCUGCCCCCCUCCUAUGACGAGGCUGUGAGGAUGGCCAAACCCGGACAGGAGGAGCCGCCGCCUCCGUAGCCUCGGCCCCUCCCCGCAGCUCGGCCCCGGGCCUCCCGGAGGGCGGGGGGGCGGAGUCUCCAAGCCCAGCACCCCCAGCCGUCACCCUGGUGUCUCUGAGGGGGUGGGGAAGGUCUCCCAACGCCACCAGCCACCCUGUGCUCCUGGGAGACCCCAGCCCCCUCCCCAUCCUUC